UCCUUUUGGAAAGCAGGGGAAAAUGGAAUCGAGCAAACACAAAGGAACAUAAGAAAAAGAGGGGGGGAAUGAACACGAAGCACAUGGGUAUCCGCCAUGCAUUCAAGACAACCAAAUCACAGGAGACAGGUAUUUACCAGUAACCACGGCGGUCAUAGGGCACAUAUUCACCCCGUGGGGGACUUCGGGGCCGUCCGUAAGGCCUUGGUGGCAUAUAGGGAUCCUCAUACCGAGGCGGCGGCGGCGGCGGACGGACAUCAUAAGGGUCAUCAUAAGGUCGACGUGGAGGUGGAUAAUCAUCAAUACGAGGACGGGGAGGAGUACGGCGUCCAUAGCCAUCACGUUCAUAAUAAUCCCGGCGCAUUGGAAUUGGGGAGCGCUCCCGGUAAUGAGCACGGGGACUGUAGCCCCGAGGUGGGGGGAAUCUCCGGUCGUACUCAUCUACGGGUGGAUAACUCCGGCGAGGGGACCGAGACCGGUAAGGAUCCCGGAAAGGGCGCUCAUCAACAGGCUGGACCUAAAGAAUAUUAAAAUGAGGACCUCAUCCCAGCUCCUUAGGCGGAAGUUGGUUCUUACAUCUGCCACACAACUCACUCGGGAGCCUUUGAAAUCACGCCCAUCGAGCUUCUCAAUGGCAGUCUUCAGAUCAUUCGCAGUCUCAAACUCAACGAACCUUGAGGAUUAGUGUUAACAGGGUCCGAGAG